CCUGUAACCCCUGCACCGCUCCCAAAGAAAGCCGAGCGUUGACAUCCACCCCUCCACAGCAGAGACAUACAUAAGAAACGGUGCAGCUGCACCCAGUCAACAGCCUGUCAAUCAACAAACCUCACUACAUCACGGGGAGCGAAUACAAAGAAAAGCGACCAACGGUUACCAACAGCCAUGAAUCUUGAGCUGCCCAAACCAGAGAUCAAAUCCGCCACCCGUGUCACCGGUGGUCCUGCCACACCACGCAAAGGACCACCCAAGUUCAAGCAAAGGCAGACUCGCCAGUUCAAGAGCAAACCACCAAAGAAGGGUAUCCAAGGUUUCGGAGACGACAUCCCUGGCAUGGAAGGUUUAGGCACUGACAUCACUGUCAUCUGCCCCUGGGAGGCCUUCAACCAUCUGGAGCUUCACGAGCUGGCUCAGUAUGGUAUCAUCUGAGCCUGUCACCUUCCCAUCAUCCUCUGGGCAAUUUAGACCCUUUCCUGUCAUGUUCUCCAAACCACCUGCCUCCAUCCUGGCCAACGUCUCCAUGUGGACCGUUCCAACUUUUAUAACAGAAUAAACACCAAAAACCGCAACAUUUAUAAAAAUGGAAAAACUAAGAAAACUCAACAUCAGCAAAAAGAAAAUCUGUCUUACUAUCUAUCCCUCCGGUUUCUUUUCUUUCUUGCAGUCCAAGAAUACGUUCUGCUCAAACUAUAGAACAGAAGUCAGAUCACAUUCUGUUUGCCUAGAAAAACUGCUGCUCUUUUCUUUGCUCUCUUCUUCUUUUUCUACUCUCCCUCCCUGUUUUCUUCUUGAACACAAAACAUACGCAAGCAAGACAGCCUCAAAGUGAGUUAAAGCAAGACACGUGCCCGUGAAAUGAAUGGCUUCUCAUUUCACGUGCCUCGGUGCCUCCUCUGUCCACCUUCACCGAGUUCAUAAGAAAAGAUCGAAAUCCUGUAGAGAUGAAACACCCUGCUGGCCGACAUUAGAUUCCCAAAACUUUAUUUGAUCCCAUUAUUUCCCCAUCAAGGUAAUAAUUGCUGA